GGAAUAGCCGACAUUAAGUGCACGCUUUGUCCAUUUUCAGUGCCCUCAACAAAACCCCUUCUCAUCGCCUCGCGUUGGUGAGAGACACUGAGCGGACCUACUUGAAAAACUUGAAAAAGUGGCGUGGUUGUCCAAAGAGAAGCGCAGAGACAGAGAUUGUAGCGUAUAGAGCACGCUAUCUUGAAAAUCUCGUUAUAAAAAGAAGUGGACGAUAUGAACGGUGCAGCAGACGAGUCAUGGAUCCAUGAGCAGAUGCAGUUACCCUCGAGCGAACUGGGCACAAGCGCUUGGUACACUGAUCCGACCUCGUCAGCGUCCUCUCCCACGGCGUCUGGCUUAGCAACGAAUGGUUAUGACCCCCACGCUGCUGUACAUUCAUCCUAUGUUGUGGACAAUGCGUACCAGCAAUCGCAAUCAUCGUAUAUGCCUCAGUAUCAUCAACCAGCACCAGUAACUCGGCAUACGAUUCCAUCGCACAAUCAUCAACCCGAACGACCGCCGAUGACACAACACACUUCAUAUGAGUCCCAUCCUGAGAACCCGAUACCGAACGUUACUGUCCAUAAUUCUACAAAUUACACCACCCCCACGUCAACUAUUGAUCCGGCCACGUACUACGCUGGGUACACCGCACCGUCCUUUCCUUAUACUGCCACAUAUUCGUCUACGCCCUCUACGGAAGAAUCGCAUAAUCCUUACACACCGCAAACGUCGUACUCGUAUGGCGCUCUUAAUGGCACUCCCGUACCUGCUAUCUCCGCGCCCCCGCCAGCAGCAGAACCACCCCAACAAAUUACAAUUGACCCUGCACUCGUUUCGAUUUCGCCGUUGGCAAAACAGUACGCCGCUCCUCCCCCUACCACCACUCAAACGACAUAUCGUACCAUAUCCCCAUCUUCAUUGCAUCCCAAUAUCCCUGCUCCUACUGAUCCUUCUAGCUUCUAUGGUCAACCUCCCCGCCCUCAUUCCCAAUCCCAGUCCGCAACUCCCGCUGUAGCCCCAAAGCCCGCCAAAGCUCUGACGCCGCCUUCCUCUGCCCCGCCUAGCAUGUCCUCGUCAUCCCGACCUACGACAAUGAGUCUACUUCGCAAAGCUCAGCCAACAGCACUGAAGGAGCUGCUUUCUCCUGAAUCUCUCGAACGCUCACCAAUCGCCGCAGCGAACAGUCUAAUCAAAGCUCUUGCUCAGAUGGGUUUUUCAGAGACUUCUCCUUCCUUACGGAAAGAUAUACUAAAUGCCAUGCGUGAUAAUGCCGGAAAAGAUUUUUAUGAAGCUUGGGCGAAAAACCCAGAUGGAAUGGAAAUGUUCCGGGUUUGGCUAAAAUCAGCAUCGACGAAGAAAGAUGCAAAUGGCAGAAAGGAGGUGGAAGAAACCCUCAUGCCACUUCUCAAUGUGAUUGACCGACUUCCCUUGGGCUUUGAGGAACUCAGGACGUCAAGAAUCGGCAAGUUUAUAAAGAAUAUUGUUGCGGAUCCCCCGAGCAAAGCCGCGAAGGACCUGGCGUCGAUCCUUACCCAGAAAUGGACGAAUCUCAUCGCACAGCAACAAAAGAAAGCAUUAGCUGAAGACGAAUCCAAGGCAGGAUCUCCGCUCAGCCCUGCGGAUGCAGCGAACAAGAAACGAAAGGCUGUUGAAGCACCAACAGUCAAAACUCCCCCAAUGAAGAAACCGACCCCCCAAACGACAUCCGCAGCAACCACGACAACAACUUUGGUGAAGAAAGAGCCUGGUGUCAAGACCGAGCCUGGUGUUUCAACUACAACUACGACAAAAGCUGCCAAGACAGACAACUCGUUCUUCUCCGCUCCUAAGAAGAAACCGUUACCCACUUUCAAGAAAGUACCGAAAAAGGAAGAGGGCACGACAAGUCCCGGUGUGGCUCAGCCUUCGAAUGUGGACCCGUUCCAAGAAGCCCUAAAAGCAUUGACUGCCAAAGGUACACCAGCAGUCAAGAUGGACCCCACCCAGCCAGCUAGCGGGGCCAGUGGAUCAGGCAGUACUAGUGGCACUGGUGCUGAGAAAAUAGACAGUCCAAUGAGCGUCGAUACACCCCCUACAACCUUGAAUAUGAAUAACGUGGCGGGAAGCAUGCAGUCCUUGUUUGGAAAGCGCAAGAAGAGCGUGACGUUCCCAACUGACGACAAGCUCGAGUCCAUUCGAUGGAUAACAAGAGCUGAGUAUGGUGACGAUGCGUCUGAGCCAAUGCAUUCCUUAAACGGCGUCAAAGCGUUGGAUCGAGACGAAGGGCGUGCAUUGCAUGGCCACUUGUUCCAGGAAGCCAUAGAUUGGUAUGAACCUACACUGAUAGAAAUACUUCAAAAUGAUCUAGAGGAACGCGGAAUUGACAGCGUCGAGAAAAAAAUUCAAGAAGAACGCGAAAAGAAUGCCCUAGUCGCGUCUUACAUGUCAGACUCCCUCAUUCCCGAUUCCGCGAAUGAAUUGCAUCCCGGAAUCGGGACUUCUGACCCGGAUGCUCCUGCGCCGGUGGCGAUGCUUCCAGGGCCGGAGAUAAGCGAGAUUAUCGCAGGGCUGAACACAACCACUCCAACUUCUUUAGGUGACUUGCUGGCCCAGAUUACGCCUUCUAGUGCGAAUGCUGGCGCACCCGUAUGGGGUCAGCCGGCUCAGUCUCAGGCACAACCAUUCGGAUCAGCCGCCGGGGCGCAAGCGUUCAUGCAACAACUGGGAACCAAUGGCAUUGAUUUCUCACAAGUGCUUAGUGGAAUGACACCCGAGAUGUUGCAAGCGCUUCAACAACAACUCGCUCAAGCAACGGGUGCUGGGAUUGGGGGCAGUACUCCUGUCCCUGGCCCUGGAGUUGUGCCAAAUGGCUACGGUCAAGGGCCUGGUGACCAAAACGGUUUCGGUGCUCUGGGUAGUUUCGGAAACGAUGGGCAAUUUCAAUGGGGCACAGAUGGGAGGGAAUCCGCCAGGAAUGGUUGGGGUUCCGAAGGUGACGAUGGUUGGGGUGGUGAUAGUGGUGGUGGUAGUAGUAGCAGUAGCAGUGGAUAUAGAGGAAGAAGCCGUGGGCGAGGGAGAGGUCGCGGGAGAGGUGGAGGGCCAAAAGGUGACCGACCCAGGCCACUCUGCAAUUUCUUUGCUAAAGGAUAUUGUCGUUUCGGAGAAGCUUGCGACUUUUGGCAUGACCCUUCCCUCGCUCAUAACCAACGCAAACCCUAGCCUGCUCUAUAUCAUUUCACCUAGCUCUACCACCUUUUCGCAUCCGCCCACGUUGGCAUUCGCAUCGUUGAUUUAUUUCGCAAUUCACCAGCCUUCAUCUUCAUUUCCGCUGCCAAUUCAACGCCUCUUUGCACAUUGCAUUUUCUUUCCAUUUCAAUAACUUAUUACUCCCACCUUUUUUCGUGUAUCAUAGUUACAUUACGGCAUGCUUUCUACAAGCGAUUUUCUUGUGUUGUUCCUUAACUUGCCAAGCCCGUGGCUAUGAUAAACAUUUAUCGGACCAUGGCUACAAUAUUAUCACUAACAUGAG